AUAUUAUUAACUCUAAUGCUUCAAUUCAAGAAGAAAUAACUGAUGAAACCGAUCCCACCAGUGAGUUAUCUGUUUUAAAUUACGAAUGUAUAGGAUGUUAUUAUCUUGUUUUGUGACUAUUGCAAUGAAAUGUCUAUUGGAUUUGUUUUCAGUUCCUAUCAUUGAUAUCAAAGAAGAAGAAAUAUCAGACAUGUAUUACAAUGAACCUAUCCAGGUGAAACAAGAAGAAGAAUUUAUCGUUCCGGAUGAAGACGGACCCAUUCAGAUGAAACAAGAAGGGGAGUCCAUUGUACCAGACGAAGACACUAGAGGUCCUGUUUAUCAGACAAAGGAAAUCAAACCAUAUGAUUUGGAAUCUAUGAGUAACAUCAAAUUGAAAGAAUGUGUAACAUCUAAUAAGGCUGAGAAUCCUCAUUUAGUUAAACGAUUCAAGACAGAGGACUUAAUAAAAAUAAUUGAAAAACAUAAAGUCAUAUGGGACAGUGGCCUCGAACAAUACAGCAACAAAAAUUUAAAAAUGGACGCAUGGAAUCAAGUUAUGUUGCAUUUUUUACCCGAUUUUGAAGAAAAGGACGAGGCUAUAAAGAAUGCUGUUGUGACAAUCGUCCAGAAAAAAUGGAAAGGCAUUCGUGCAUGUUAUUCACGUGAGCUGCGGCGAAAAAGAAAUCUGUCAGGUGCCUCUACAGCUAUGAGAAUUAAGCCAUACUUGUACUUUGAGCAACUGCGUUUUUUAGAAACCAAUAGCAAGAAGAUGACCUAUAGUGUAGAGGAUGAGCCGAAUAGCACUUGCAAUGAAGAUAAUGAAGAGGUUACGGGAGUUUCAUCUUCUAUGGAAUUCUCCAAAUCUAAUAGACUAUGUGAAGAUGAUGAACUUAAAGAAAAGAAACUAAAAUCUGAUCCAGAGUUAAUGGAUGAAGACAGACAUUUCUUACUUUCACUCGUUUCCGAAAUAAAAAAAGUUCCUGCAGAAAACAAACUAAAGCUUCGUACUGAAAUUAUUAGAGCUAUUGCUGCUGCUCAAGGUCAGUCGCUAACUUGGCCACCAGUACCGUUUGGAAGAGGUAUAUCUUCAGGCCCACCAUUCCAUUCAGGGGCAUCUCUACCGAUGUCAGGGCAUGGUGACCCAUUGCAAAAUCAAUUUUACUCACAGCUUCAAAAUUACCAAACUAAUAACCCCACUUCACCUAAUUCAGAAACACAAGCAGUGGGAUCACCAGCAGAGUCGGAAAUUACCGAAACUAGUGAUGUCUAAUUAUAAUCAUAUUGAUAAAAGUGUAUCUGUUUUUAUUUAAAAAUAAAUAUCAAGUGAAAGGUUUUGAAUUUUUUUAUUACAACGUGGCACCUAAACGUAGGGGUUCACAAAAUAUUACGACUUUCUUUGAAAGUUGCGCAAGUCCAUUUUAUAUUAAAUUAAGAGUUUAUAUUUAAACCUAACUCCAGUACUGGCUCAAGGGAUAAUAUAUGCUGAUGAUAUUGUAAUGAAAUGAAAGAUAAUUUUAUCCUUGGACUGAAGUCUCCUUAGAGUUCAAAAAAUAUGUACAUUAGUCUAGCAUGUAGAUAUAAUACAUGUAUACAAAAACUACUAAGAAAAAUAUAAGUAUAUAUAAAAAAAAAAUACUAAGCAAAAUACAAAUAUAUACAGGAAUUAGUGAAAGAGAAAAAAAAAAAGAGUGUAUAAAUAAAAAUAAAAUAGCUGCUAUCAAUUAACUGCCUGUGAUCAGCGUACUUGUAUAACAAAUUCUUACAAGCUUGUGGUAGUUUGAAUUUGUUGUAGGUAGUAGAACAGGAGUUGU